UUCCAUCCAAUUCUUGUUCAUUUUUCUCAUGUCUAUCUCCAUUUCUCGGCGUAAUGUGUUCUUUGGUCUUCCUCUUUUCCUUUGACCUUCAGGAUUCCAUGUGAGGGCUUGUCUUGUGACGCAGUUGGGUGCUUUCCUCAGUGUGUGUCCUAUCCACUUCCAGCGCUUCUUCCUGAUUUCUUCCUCCACUGGGAUCUGGUUUGUUCUCUCCCACAAAACUUCAAGAAUAUUUAGUGAAUAGUCGAUCAGAAAAUGGAUGGAUCACAAAAGAUUUUAUCAUAUUCGAUGAAAAAUAUACAACUAAUUCUAAUCAUAUUGAUUAUCAUAUACUUAAACGUCAAGAAUCAUCAUUUAAAUCUAAAGUCAAUCAUGAUGCGGAACAUUUCACUUAUCCUUAUUAUGAUGAUCCUCAUGCAAAAUAUUUUAAUCAUCAUCAUCAUAAUUGUAUAACAAUUAGUUCUAGUUUACCAAGUUUUACAAUGUCAACAUCAUUAGCUCCUUCAUUUAAUGAAUCUAUUCAAUCAACUAGUCAACACUAUUUAAGUAAUACAAAUAAUCCUUUAAAUAAAAUUCACGAUUUCACUAUGGAAACAUAUAAAUCUUGUAUACACUCUUCAUUCAACACUACUACGACUACGAUGACGACGACGACGACGGCGACGACUACUACUUCUACUAUGCCCACUAAUACUACUACUACGACCACUACUAUUAUGCCCAAUAAUACUACUAAUACUACUAUGAGUAGUAGUAGUACUACUACUACUACUACUACUGACAAUAAUAAUAUUGCCAAUACUGAUAGUAUAACCGAUUCUAUUGUUGAAAAAUUUCUAUAUUAUGUUCAUGAAAACAAUUCAAUUCCACCAUCGGUAUUAAAAAAAUUUGAAUCGAUUAUUGGUAUUAAAUCAAUCGAUAAUUGGCAAAAUAUUAUUGAAAAUAAAACGCUAUUACAUUAUUUAAUUCAUGUCUUAUUACAAAGUGGUAUUGAUAAUUGGUCAUCAUUUUUAAUGUAUCAAUCAACACCACCACCAGCUCCAACAACACUACCUCCAAUAUCAGUUGAAGAUGAAUUCUUAGAUUAUAUUGUAACUAGUGAUAGUUGUGAUACUUCAGAAGAAGGUGAUGAUGAUGAUGAUGAUGGUGAUGAUAAUGAGAGAGAUGAUAUUCAAAGUGGAUUGGUCAAUUCGUCAAAUUGUUCUUUAGCAAGAACUUUAGUUAAAAGUACUUCUGAUAUUGUAGAUAUUGAUGAAUUUAUCAACUAUGAUGAAGAUGAUGAUGAUGAUGAAGAAGAAGAAGAAAAGAGAAAUAAUUUGAACGAGGAUUGGGAUCAUUUAGCUGAUCUUAAAACAGAAGAUGGUCUCUUUUAUAAAUCCAUUAGAAAAUUGUCAAUCAAUACAAAACGUAAAAAUAAAAAUCUAGAUCAUAAUAGUAGAUUAGAAAGUGGUCAUCUACCAUAUCUAAAUAGAAAUUACAUAGAAUUAAAUAGUAAUUUUAAUUUAUUAGAAUUUUCAAUUGAUCAAUUAACGAAUAUGAAUUAUUCAGAGCAUAAAAUUUCAUUGAAUUCAUUACAAAUUAUAAUGAAAAUUAUUACAGAUCAAUGUGAAUUUCGUAAUGCAUUUCUACAAUAUUAUCCAAUUCUAUCACAAAAAACUUAUGCUGGUUCAUACUUUAUUAAAUGUGUGGAUAGAAUUAUUCAAGAUGAUUAUAUACCUACAUUACAAGAUUUAUUGAUUAUGAAACAAUCAUCAAAAGCUGUCAGAGAAUCCCUUAUCACUAUUGGAUCAAUAACAUUAAGAACAAUUAAUUUAGGUGAACACAGUGAACAUUUGAAUAAACAAUUUCAUUAUUUUGAAUCAGUCAAUAUGAUUUUGUUUUUUAUAUCACUUGAAGAUGUUUAUCGAUUCACAUAUGUUCAAGGGAAUAAAUUUGUUAAUCAUCAAACAUUUAAACUAUUUGAAGAUAUUGUGAAUUCACCAGAUUUAACAAAGAAAGAUAUUUUGGUUUUCUUAAAUAAAUAUGAUAUAUUAAAAUCAAUAAUUUCACAAAUCAAUAAUGAUACUACUCAAAUUACUAUCAAUAAGGAAGAUGAUAAAACAGAUUGGAAUAUAUUUAUUCAAAUGAUUAAAUCUUAUUUAAUAGAAUUACAUAAUCAUGCAACUAUGAAAGGUUCUCAUUUAUAUUUUCAUAUUAUCUGUUCAUUAGAUAUAGAUAAAAUGAAAUGGAUUAUUAAAGAUUCUAUACGAACUAUUUUAGAAAUUAAUCGUAAACGUCAUUUAAUAUUUUAA